AGUAUCAGCUGUAAACUAAGAGGUAAUAGAGCGUUAAUUAUCAAUGAAACAUCAGAGUCUCUAUCGAUUCGCUCUCGCUCUGAUAACGGCGAUCGAAGUGACAUCGAUACCUAUAAGGAAUUUCGAAUUAGGAAAGACUGUCUGGCAGAACAUCGGGAAACGCAGUUUUUACGGACCAUGGGAUAUCUCGGUAAAACGAAACGGGGAUUACGUCGAUUAUAAUGAUUAUGGUGCUCGCAUUAAACAAUUCCGGCCUAAUAAUUUGCUUUCAUACGACGAUGUAUCGAUAUCUAAUGGAUAUAUCGACGCGCUGUCCCCGCCUUACGAUAACAGUCUACCGGAAUUUAACACGUUACUCAACUCCGUGGGCCUUGCUGAUUUCCGCAUUGGAGUUCGCACCGGUGAUUGGAUCGACCGGAAUACUGAUAGCUCCAAGGAACGCUCUUCCGAGGAUAUUGCUUCUCAGAAAAUCGAUGAAGAUACGGAAGUCUAAUGGCUCUGCGACUCUAAAGUCAUAGCGAGAGAGUGAAAUUGUAUAAAAUAAAGUGCUCAAUUAAUACUA